AUGGAGACGGAAGGGAGCCAGAGCAGCCUGUCCUCCACGGACUCCCCUCACGACCCCUGUAAAAUGUUCAUAGGUGGACUGAGCUGGCAGACAACACAAGAGGGGUUGAAAGAGUACUUCUGCAAGUAUGGCGAGGUGAAGGAGUGUAUGGUGAUGCGGGAUCCAGUUACCAAGCGUUCGAGGGGCUUUGGAUUUGUCACCUUUGUUGACCAGGCUGGUGUGGAUAAAGUUUUGGCCCAAACCAGGCACGAGCUGGAUUCAAAAACAAUCGACCCGAAAGUUGCCUUCCCUCGUCGAGCUCAGCCCAAGUUAGUGACUCGGACCAAGAAGAUCUUUGUGGGAGGCCUGUCCGUCAACACAACCAUAGAGGACGUCAAGCAGUACUUUGACCAGUUUGGAAAGGUCGACGAUGCCAUGCUCAUGUUCGACAAGACCACCAACAGACACAGAGGGUUUGGCUUUGUCACGUUUGAGAACGAGGAUGUGGUGGAAAAGGUCUGUGAGAUCCACUUCCAUGAGAUCAACAACAAAAUGGUGGAGUGUAAGAAGGCUCAGCCUAAGGAGGUAAUGUCCCCCACAGGCUCAGCCAGGGGGCGCUCUCGGGUGAUGCCCUAUGGAAUGGAUGCCUUCAUGCUGGGCAUUGGUAUGCUGGGUUAUCCAGGGUUUCAGACCACCACCUACACCAGUCGGAGCUAUGCUGGUAUCACCCCUGGAUACACCUACCAGUUUCCUGAAUUCCACUUAGAGAGGACCCCCCUUCUGACAUCACCCCACCCCCCCGAGCUGACAGCCAUUCCUCUCACAGCAUAUGGACCAAUGGCGGCAGCGGCGGCGGCAGCAGCAGUAGUUCGAGGUACAUUUAUGCAAAAAAAUUCUCAAACUGUGCCUUGGUUCUUGGUUUUGUUUUCAGGUUCCACCCCAUCUCGCUCAGCUGGGUUCUUAGGUACCAGCAGCCCCGGGCCUAUGGCAGAUUUAUACGGAACUGCCAAUCAGGACUCUGCUGUCAGCAGUUAUCUCAGCGCAGCGAGCCCAGCGCCAAGCACCGGGUUCGGUCAUAGUCUUGGGGGUCCUCUGAUUGCCACUGCUUUCACCAAUGGUUACCAUUGA